AUGCCAAAGCAGAAUGUAAUGAGGAGAAAAGUGCAGAAAGUUGUAACAGCACUUGGUGACUUGUGCACAUUUCACACUGAGGAUAACAAUGAUAGUUUGAAAGCUGAAAGCAAUAAUCUUAUGGCCAAAGCUUUAUAUGACAAUGCACCAGAAUCUCCAGAGGAACUAUCUUUUCGUAAAGGAGAUAUCCUGAUGGUGAUUGAACAGAACACUGGUGGGUUAGAAGGAUGGUGGCUUUGCUCACUGCAUGGACGACAGGGCAUUGCCCCUGGCAAUCGUCUCAAACUUCUUGUGGGGCCUAUUUAUGACAGUUGUACAAGUGAGCCAUCUUCCUCUGUGGCAACACAGCAGUCACUGCAGCAAGGCAUCUAUCAAGUCCCCCCAAGCCUGCAAGGCCCUUCUGGCUGUGGAAGUUCUUUUCGAGAUCCUAUCUACCAAGUACCCCCUUCACAACUGAGUCAGAACAUAUAUCAGGUGCCUCCCACUGCAUCCGGCCAAGGUGCACAAGGCCAUGAGAUCUAUCAGGUUCCACCAUCUGUACACAGGAGCCCUUGGGUUGACAAUGCCCCUCCUACAAGCAAGAUAAACAUUCAAUGAAAUGUGAGAUCGCCUUGCAUUGAAGAGGAAUCCGAUUAGUUAUGAACUUCUGGAAGAGUACUAUUGGC